AUGUCUCAGCCCAAGACAGUUGCGCAGCGCAUGGCAACUCGGCCUAAGAAUGCAACUCAACAUCCGGGACGCAUCGUGAUUGAAAGUCAGGGAAAGAGACGUACCGCUGUUCAGAAGGCCGCUGACGACCAGCGCGAAAAGGAGGCAAAGGAGGCAAGUCAUAAAGCUGUGCAGGAAAGUUAUCAGCGUAUUGCAACUAUGCAAGCACAGAUGCAGGCUGAUCAAGAGAAUGCCCGUGUUGACGCACCUAAGCCUAAGCCUCCUCGUGCACGCCCAGUGGGGAAGGCUGCAAAAACCUCGAAGACCCCCGACUCGACUAUGGAUGGUAGGCAAGCAGGAGCAGAAAUUGUCGCCACUGAUAAGCCUGUUGUCGCCAAAGGCAAGGGUCAAAAGGGUAGAGCCAGACAGUUAGCAGCUGGUGUUAAUGUUGAACAUCCUGCGACUGAUGAAGACUUGGAGGAGGAGCCAGUAGCAGCAAAACCCCAGAGAAAAAAGGCCACCAAACCGCUGGUGAGAGAUGCGAUUGAAGCGUUAAACGCUGGCGUCGUUAUCGAUGGAUCAACAAAGGCACGUGACGCAAACGUCAAGACGAUUGAUAUUCCCAAAAAAUUUUCGUUUGCUGGACGUGUUCCGGGGUGGAUAUCGACUGUUCCCACGAACGCCUCAAAGCCAUCCUCCAAGGCUGCUACUACGCACUCACGCAGUGCUAGUACUAGCUCCGCUUUCUCUAAGCUCACAAGAGGGAGCACUAUCAGCAGCAAUGUUCCACCCCCGUCCACACCCAUCAGUAUUCCCGAUGCUGGGUCUGCUUUCUCGGGCCUGUAUGCGUCUGAUGCUGACAAGGACGAGUACGACUCGGAGGAGCUGUUCACCAAACCUCUUUCUGGUUUCAAAGGCAAAAAGGCUUUAACUGUGAUCCUCAGCGAUAUCCGCGACCAAAUUAUCUUCAUGAAUUCGGGUAUUGGCGACAUCCCCCCUCCUCCACAGCUUGCCUCCCUGGGGGACUAUAAGUCCGAUUCCGAUGCCAGUCACAAGCUACAGGCCGCGGAUUAUGACUCUGACCUUGUACCUCCACCCCUCGCCCAAAAACCCUCUUCCCGCUCCGCCUUCCCAGUGGAUUAUGAGUCACUGGCUGCAAGCCAGAAGCGGAAACAGCCACCUCUUCUGAGCGAGGACGACUUAUUGUCGCUAUCAUCCGAUGAUGAAAUUGUGGAGAGCACUAAUGACCGUAUGAUCGCAAUUAAGGCUGAACCUGCUUUUGAACCAGUGUCCACGCACCGGUUGACAUCUACGACCAACAUUGCUACCACUCUCAAAGCCCCUCCGGCGAAACGGCUGAAGUCCGAAUCGUCCACUACCACUAUAACUGGUUCCCAUCGCGCUAUCGCCACUGCUAUCGCCACUCCCUCCAAGGCAAUUGCGCGUUCUGCAUUCAGGAAGAAGCAUCUUCCAAAGGGUUGUCAGAUGGCAAACAAGUGGGCAAGGGAGUUCAUUCCUACUGCCAUUCGCUGUGUUGGCGAUUUAUCUGAAGUAUGGACGCUAUUAGAUGACAUUCUCUGUCCUAUCUUGCAGUCAGCCUGGGACGCGGUCUACAAAGACAAGAUUCCACACACGGUUACAGCAGACGGGCCUGUCAUCGCCCUCGUAUGUUUUUUUUUCGCACAUGAUGUAAAUUUGAUCAUUUUAUUUGUAGACCCUCCAGCGGUUGUCAGAGUGGCGCAAUAG